AGUUGCAUUGGUGGCAGAGGAUGAAGGACAGUUUUAAGCCGUUGCAGAAAAAUGGCCAAUCAGUUUCACUUAGAAAGAAGCUAUCUUCUCUAUGGGCAUGGCUGUGGUUGUAUCACCAACACAAAGGCCAAGGCCUUAUCCUUUCAAGCCCGUCUGCUCUUCCACCUCCAAAUGCCGCCCCGCCGUUAUUCUUCCAGGAUUAGGAAACAAUUCUGGAGACUACAAGAAGUUGGAGAUGACAUUGAAUGAGUAUGGAGUAUCCACAGUGGUUGCCAACGUGUCACGAUUGGACUGGUUCAGAAAUGCAGCAGGUUUGGCUGACCCCAACUACUGGCGAGGCACUCUUCGUCCUCGCCCGGUUCUUGAUUGGUAUUUCAAGAGGAUUGAUGAGGCCAUUGAAAAGGCUAAGCCAUUGGCUCCAGAGGGAAGUUUAUCCCUGAUUGGACACUCAGCUGGAGGAUGGCUUGCACGUGUCUACAUGGAAGAAUUUGGGUUCUCUGAUGUCUCUUUGUUAUUGACUCUUGGUACUCCCCACCUGCCACCUCCAAAAGCUUCACCUGGUGUGAUUGAUCAAACAAGGGGUCUCCUGAACUAUGUUGAAGAAAAUUGCCCAAAACCUGUUUACACACCUCAACUAAAAUAUGUAUGUGUUGCGGGCAGGUAUAUUCAGGGAGCUCGCUUCUUUGGAAACUCAUACGUUGAUGUUGAUUCUGUUGUUCCUGUCAACAGUGACCAACCAAUUUCUGAGGUUGCUGUCAUGAAUAACGAGACUAAUUCAACAUCAGUUUCAACAGCAUUUCGUGCUAGAUUAGUUGGACAGGGGUACAAGCAGGUGUGUGGGCAGGCAGAUGUAUGGGGUGACGGAGUUGUGCCGGAAAUAUCAGCGCAUCUGGAUGGUGCACUAAACAUCAGCUUGGAUGGAGUUUAUCACUCGCCGGUUGGUUCAGAUGACAUGUUGAGACCCUGGUAUGGUUCUCCUGCAGUAGUUGAAAAAUGGAUACACCACCUCCUCAACUAGUUAUAUAUCUGUGAGAUGCUUCACUAGAAAGCAAUGAUUAUCUAUUAAUGCAGUGGUCUAUCUAUGAAGUGUUAAAAUCAUUUCAA